AUGGCACCUUCCCCACAUGGUGUGCCACAGUCACCACAUGGAAUGCAGACUUCCCCCCACGGAAUGCAAACUUCCCCCCACGGAAUGCAGCAGGCUUCACCCCACCUGAUGCAGCAGGGGCCACCUCAUGCAAUGCAGCAGGGGCCACCUCAUGCAAUGCAACAGGCACCACCCCAUGCCAUGCAACAGGCCCCACCUCAUGCCAUGCAACAGGCCCCACCUCAUGUUAUGCAGAGGCCACAAAUGAUGAGUCCACACCACCCUAUGAUGCAGGGCGGGCCACCCUCAUCAUAUCCUCAGGCACCCAUCAGCGCCGGAGGCGGCGGUGGUCCUUUGGCAUCUCUAGCAAACUUCCACCCACCAGGACAUCAUGGGAUUAACACUAACAUGGGAUCACCAGUUCCUGGUCCUCACCAUCAGCGACCGCCAGUGUUCCCGCAGAUGAUGGGAGCAGAUAACCGCAUGGCCGCACAGCUGAGGAUGAUGGCUGCCUCAAAUGAUGGCCCCCACAUGGCAUCCCACUACCGGCACAUGAUGAUGAGGGGCAUGACACCUCCGGGCCCCCAGCCUUCCCCCCAGAUGUCGUCUCCUCAAAUGUCGCCCCACAUGUCACCUCAAAUGUCGCCAGUGAUGCAGACUCAGUCUCUUCGGCAGAUGGAUACUAUGGCAGAUGAUAAAAGUUUCAUUACUUCUCUGCCAAUGAGUGGCAACCUGGGCCUCCCUGGCAUGCCAGGAGAUGUCAGUAUGAUGAUGGGAGGAAAGCCAAAGACACAGAGAUCAUAUGGCAUGUUGCAUGGAGACCCUGGUGGCUUCCUGCCUCUACACCAGCAGCAUCACCUGCAGGCUGCCAGUGACUCCGGCUCUGUUGUGUCUACUCCCGGACUGACGUCACCCAUGUCUGACACAGCUGUCAGUGUCAGUGGGCACAUCAAGCUAGAGCCCAGUGAGGACUCCGUUUCUGCAGAUGGUUCAGUGUCUCGUGAUGACCUUGACCUGGAUCUGAAGGCUCAUCAGAAUGAGUUGUUGAAGCAUUUGUUGGGCACAGGACAUGGCGGGCGACAGCUUCUAACUCCGGAUAGUGAGGACAGUCUGCCUUCCUUGACACCAGAGCAGCAGAGACAGUUGGAGCUGAUUGAUUCCAUGCCUCUGUGUAAGGAGACAGAAAUCUCUACUCCGGAAUGGGAGAGUAAAACACCUGAAGAGAAAGAGAAGAUUCUAGAAAUGAGAAGACAAGAAUACGAACAGAAACGCCAGGAAUAUGAAGUGUCCCGAAAAAACAAGCGAAAAGCUGUAGGUGGUUCCACUGUAGGUGUUGAGAAAAAGAAACGAAAAGCAAAAGUAGGAGUAGAGGUCACAGCUGACCUGCCAAGAAAGAGAAGCAAGAAAUCCAAGCUUAAGGAGAACCAGCUGAAGGAGCUGGAGGCCCAGGCAGAGACUUUCCUUCAACAGCUGCACAACAUGCCUCCAAUUCCUCUACAGGAGCCAAUCAUUGCCACAUCCCUGUCCAUUUUGCCCAUUAAGGGAGCUCAAAGUUUAACAGGAGUGUCUACCCUGCGAGGGAGGUUCUGCAGUGCUUACUUAGAUGGCAUUGGAGACCUGUACGGUAGCUUGUUGUUCCCUCAGCCUCCCCCAGGGCUGCGGCCCACAGUGCCUUCCACCGAGGUAAUAGCGCAGAGACAGCUGGCCAGUGACAGCAAGCUGAAGAUGCUACCCGAUUUAGACCCGUUGAUAGUGUUGAAGAACAAGGAUGGGAACAUGAUGGAAGCAAGAUCGGGGAUUCGAACCAGCCCAAGACUUGUGCUACCUCCACAGCCUCGAAUAGAAAUCAAGUCAGAACAAAUGAGAGACAAAAAAGACGAAAGGCAGACACCAGAUACAGUUGUGUCCUCGUCUUCUCCCGAGUUUGGCUUCAAUGAGCAGGAUCUAGAAUACCCAGGCCUGCGACCGAUCGAUCCUGCAGCUAGCAAUGCAGCAUCAUCAGAAGAUAGCAUAUCCCCAGUGGUGCCCUUGAUACAACCUUUGCCUAUCAAGCCAGCAUUUUCAUCACUGGAUCAUAUGGUGACCGACACUGCCAGUGUCAAACUGGAGCUGGGAAUGAUGAAGCAGGAUAGUAGUGACCAUGAACCGGUUGACCACCCAGCACGUGACCUGACGGUCAACCUACCCAACUUGACCUCCGGCCUUGCUCAACCAUUCCUUGAUCCUGCUUUGGAUCAGCAGGUGUCUGUUACCUUAACCCUAUCCACUGGAGCUGCCCAAGAUAUUGGAGCUGUCAUUUCUGCAAUUGCUGACCUCUUGAAGAUUGCAGUACCUCCAACAUAUGAGAUCACACGUAGCCCUUCGCCGGAAAUGUUCCGAAUGUCCCUCACCCACAAAGAAGAAGCUGUCAACAUCCACACGCUCAUGUCCACACGACCCAGAUUCUGUCAGCAUUGUGAUGUCUUUGUCUUGUGUUCUGGCAUCGCCAAAUACAGGAGGGAGUUCCCCAUACUGCUAGAACAGGACCCUGACUGUGGAGAUGAGGAGAUGAUAUUCUGUUCCAUGAACUGUUCAAUGCAGUUCUCUGCUGCCUUAGAGGCACGCCAGCGACAGGCUCUGCGUAUAAAAGAACUAGAAUCUACACAUGCAUCAGCUCUCUCCCCAUACCAGCCUGUCAAAAUAGAGAUCCCUACACCAGCGGCCGCAACAGUUGCUUCCAAUGUGGAUGAGGUCAUUGCUGCUGUUGCUGCAGACAUGUCACUGUCUCCAGGAGAGCCCAAUACCCCAGGAGAUAUGUCUGCUAGCCCAGGGACUCCUUCUACAUCACCCACUUCACCGUUUCCCACUGUUCCAUCUGUCUUGAAAGCUGCCAAGCGACAGCGAAGAUCAAGCAGUCAGGUCUCAGAUUCAGCCUAUACCAAGCCUUUGGUGAAAAAAUGGCGAGGAUUACGAUGGAGGAGAGGCAACCAAGAGCUGCUAGAUGAGCUGACAAAGAUCCCACCAACAUCAGAUUGUGAGUUGGACACGCUGUGGACAUCGCUGGGAAUAAUACACCGCCCGAAACCUGAUGUGGAGGACAAACGAAAGUGUGUGUUCUGUCAGUAUGUUGGAGAUGGCGACUGUGAUGGACCAAGCAGGCUGCUGAACAUGGAUGUGAACAAAUGGGUGCAUCUCAACUGUGCCCUGUGGUCCUACGAUGUCUACGAGACCCUCAACGGUGCUCUGAUGAAUGUGGAGUUGGCUUUCCAGCGUAGUUUAUCCAGCGAGUGUGUCGCUUGUCGCAAGAUGGGAGCCACACUGGCUUGUUUCAAACCACGCUGUGCUAAUGCGUACCAUCUACCCUGUGCAAGGUUGAAGGGCUGUAUGUUCUAUCAAGAUAAGACACUUCUGUGUCCAAGUCACUAUCCUAAAGUACCCAUUGGAACAGAGUUGUCGAGUCUAGUGGUACUGCGCCGGGUUUACGUCAACAGAGAUGAGGAUCGGCAGGUGGCAAGCAUGAUCCACCAAGAAGAGGGACACUGCAGCCUAAGAAUCGGCUCAUUGAUCCUACACAGCAUCGGCCAGCUGCUGCCUCACCAGAUACUCUGUGGCAAGUUCAACAGCAAGGACCACAUAUAUCCGGUGGGAUUUCGCACUAGCCGCUUUUACUGGAGCUACUACUCUUUAUACAAGCGCUGUCGAUAUAUGUGCAGUAUUCAUGACAAUGAUGGAGAGCCAGAGUUCAGGGUGCAAGUCAUAGACUCCGAGCACGAUGAGCUCACAUUCAAAGAUAAUAGCCCUGCAGCUGUGUGGAUGCACAUACUCAAGCCAUUAGAACGGAUGCGCCGAGAGGCAGAUCUGGUGAAGAUGUUCCCAAGUUUCAUGGCUGCUGAAGAACUAUUUGGUCUGACUGAGCCAAAUGUGGUCAAGGUUUUGGAGUCGUUACCUGGCACAGAUCUUCUCACAAAUUAUAUCUUCAAGUUUGGCCGAUCUCCACUAAUUGAGAUGCCUCCAGCCAUCAAUCCUACAGGAUGUGCUCGCACGGAACCAAAGCUUAGGACACACUUCAGGCGGCCACACACACUACAAUCCACAAACUCCCGCUCCCUGCCAUCUACCGUGACUGGGGUGACAGGAGAUGUCAACUCUCCCUACUUGAAGCAGUUUGUUCACUCCAAGUCACAGCAGUACAGGAGAUUAAAGACCGACUGGAAAACACUGGUCUAUCUUGGCAGAUCUCGCAUUCAGGGUCUUGGUCUUUAUGCUGCCCGGGAUCUGGAGAAACACACCAUGGUGAUUGAGUACAUCGGGGAUCUCAUCCGUAAUGAGGUGGCAAACAGAAGAGAGCAGGAGUAUGAAUCACAGAACCGAGGUGUCUACAUGUUCCGAAUUGACAAUGAAGUGGUCAUCGAUGCCACCAAGGCAGGUGGGCCUGCUCGUUACAUCAACCAUUCCUGCAACCCUAACUGUGUGGCCGAGGUGGUGGACAUAGAGAAGGAAAGCAAGAUCAUCAUCAUCACCAGCCGCAAGAUUGUCAAAGGAGAGGAGCUGACAUAUGACUACAAGUUUGACUUUGAAGACGACCAGCAUAAAAUCCCAUGUAUGUGCGGGGCACCCAACUGUCGCAAGUGGAUGAACUGA